UAAUUAAAAUGUAUGGAAACAGGUCUGCGUAGGGCUUCUUUUAAUUUCUUAUCCUAAAUGAUUUUAUUUUGUACCCGAAAAAGCCAAACUUCCGGUUAUCCCACGCCUCCUACUUGUUCACUUGAUGGAUUUGAACCACAUCCAUAUGUCUCCACAUCAGAUGUGGGAAAUAAGAAAUCUGUGCUACUAGCUUACAGCCGUUGCCAGAGAGUGUAACGACCGAAGAAAACGCACUGUGCCCGGCUGCAUUGUGACAGGACGGCUGGUACAUCCACUACACUUGAGCAAAACUUGGCGAGUGGGGGAUUUUUUGUUUGUUAUUCAGCCACAAUGUCCGCGUCCAAAUAGCUGAGGUGGAGGUCGAGGAUGGCCGCAGACGUGGAUAAAACAACUCCCGAGGAUGAGAGCAUGAAUCCGGCGCGGAGUGGGCAGCAGAGUCCGGGCUCUACAUCCUGGAUCUCCAAGGCGAUUUGGACUCUGCUUAUAGUUGGUGCUGUCCCUGUUUUCGCCUUUGGAAUCAAAUAUUAUCAAGACAACCAGCUCAUCAAACGUCAUGAAGAAAGUGUCCGGACGCUUGGUGCCGAGGGGCUUUUCCUCUUCUCCUCCUUAGACACAAAUCAUGACCUGUAUCUCAGUCCGGAGGAGUUCAAACCUAUCGCUGAGAAACUCACAGGAAUUUCACCCCCAACUGAUUAUGAGGAGGAAGUGAUCCAUGACCCCAAUGGAGAGACUCUAACCCUGGAGGCAAAAAUGCAGCCACUUCAGCUGGACUCCAUGACAAAAAGCAAGGACGGUUUUCUUGGGGUGUCUCACAGCUCUUUAAGCGGGCUGCGUUCAUGGAAGAGCCCAGCAGUGCCUUCCUCAUCCCUCUCCGCCAGUCAGUUUAGAGUUUUCCUGCCCCCAAAGAACAAAGUUGAGGUAGGAGACACCUGGUGGGUGAUCCCCAGCGAGCUCAACAUCUUCACUGGGUACCUGCCCAACAAUCGUUACCACCCUCCCACACCAAAGGGAAAAGAGGUUCUCAUCCACUCUUUGUUGAGUAUGUUCCACCCUCGACCCUUCAUCAAGUCACGUUUCGCUCCUCAGGGUGCCGUCGCCUGUAUCCGUGCCAGCAACGAUUUUUAUUACGACAUUGUCUUCAGGAUUCACGCAGAGUUUCAGCUCAAUGAUGUUCCAGACUUUCCCUUCUGGUUCACCCCAGGGCAGUUCACCGGGAACAUCAUUCUGUCUAAAGAUGCAUCUCAUGUCCGCCACUUCCACCUCUUUGUCCCCAAUGACAGGUCCCUGAACGUGGACAUGGAGUGGCUUUACGGGGCCAGUGAGAGUAGCAACAUGGAGGUGGACAUCGGAUACCUGCCUCAGUUAGAGCUGCAGUCUGCAGGCCCGUCCACUCCCUCCGUCAUCAUGGACGAGCAGGGAAACAUCAUUGACAGAAGAGAUGGCAGCAGCGAGCCCAUCCAGUUUGUCUUUGAGGAAAUCCACUGGGCGUCAGAGAUCAGUCGGCAGGAAGCCACCCGACGCCUUGACGUCACCCUCUACCCCUUCAAAAAGAUAUCCUACCUGCCAUUUUCUGAGGCCUUUGAUCGAGCUGAAGCAGAGAAGAAACUGGUGCAUUCGAUUCUGCUUUGGGGAUCGUUAGACGACCAGUCCUGCUGAGGUUCUGGGCGAACUCUUCGGGAGACAGUCCUGGAAAGUUCGCCCGUCCUGGCCCUGCUCAACCAGAGCUUCAUCAGCAGCUGGUCUCUAGUCAGAGAACUGGAGAACAUGCAGGCUGAUGAGCAGAACACUGCAUUGAGUGAAAAGGCCAAAUUACACCUGGAGCAGUACAACUUCCCUGUGGAGAUGAUGGUGGCACUGCCCAAUGGAACUAUUGUUCACCACAUCAAUGCAAACUUUUUCCUUGACCAAACGGCCAUGAAACCAGAGGAAGAAGGAGCAACUUUCAGCUUCUCUAGCAGCUUUGAGGACCCCUCCACGUCCACUUAUAUCAGCUUCCUAAAAGAGGGGCUGGAGAGAGCCAAGGAUUACCUUGCACAGUAGUUUUUGUGCAGGAAAUGUUGAUCAUUCCUCAAGGUUGUGAUCCAAGAUAAAGAAAACCCUUCACCAAUCACGUAGGGACGAUUUCCCCUCAGUGUUGGCAGCUGAAAAAAAAUAUUUUUGCCUUCUAUCCUCUUUGUUACUAUUUAUUUGGGAAUUAGAAAGUUUUCUAUACAGUGUUUGUACUGUAACAAACAGUACAGGGAAAUAUUUGAACCUUGUGUUAAUGUGGGUAUAUUUGAAUGACAUACAAAAGCCUUGCACAGUUAGAUCUAAUGUCUCUGCUUGUAGCUGCUGAUAUAAAAUAUAGACAGUGCAGCUUUUAAGACAAUUCAUACGUGUCAUAGCACACUGAACAAACUCCAUUUCAGUUUUUGUGGUGUUCAUGUGCAAUAUUUAACAACAGUGUGUUUUAGUGCUGCUGAAUGUACCCAGAGUCAGGACAGAAGCAUUUGUUGUCUCCAGUUAUGUUUCAGCAGUUUGUGAAGACUUUGCCUGAAAGCUUUGUCAAGGCUGGGCGAUGUCUGAUGUUGUUGCAGAGGCUGCUGGAGGAAACACCCUACUCUGACUCAGGGGACAAAAGCAGCACUAAAAAAACUAGGGUGGGCUGUGGCACAUUAAUGGAAUGACUCUGUUGUUUUACUUUUUUGUGAGUUUGAAACCAAAUGUUUAAUAUUUUGCUGAUUUUUCUAUUCGGGUUAUGUGACCACACCAAAGAACAUCCUUUAUUUUGUGCAGUAGCUGGCGUGCAGCUUGCACAGCCAAUAGCUUGCUUACCUCUUGGUUCAUAUUUAUGUAACUCAACAGAACCAAACAGUUAUAUGACGUUUGAUUCUUAUACUGGAAGGCACUGUGUACUGUUGUUAUCCUGUUUUCGGCUUCUGUCCAAAUAAUACGUUCACUUGUGUUUUCAGCUACACAAGAGGAAAUCUAGAUUUAGCAUUAGGGUUAUUUUUUGUUUGUUUUUUACAAUAAUCCUCAUAUUCCUCACCUUUUUCAGUCAUAUAUGAAAUCAUAGUUCUUCAGGUCAGUUUCUCUUUUUUUUGGGUGUAACUUGUAAGCACACAGGCAUCUAAUACACUUGUUUUCAAAUAGUGAAGUUUAAUCUAUGGAAGCCCUGAGAGGUCAGUAAAAACAAAUUGUUCUUGUGUUUAUGGCCUUUGAGCAGGUGUUUAAACACAUCUUGCCAGGAUAAUCUUUCUAUUACUUAAAAAUAUUUUCUUACUUGCAGAAACUUCAUGUUUUUACACAGGAAAGGUAAGCUCAAUUUUCUAUAAAAAAAAACAGAUUUACCUGUUAAAACUUUUUUCUCCAGCUGUUUUUUUCCAUGUUAAAAAAAGAAAGAAACCAAAUAAAAUGUUCUGUGCCACAUUUUUUUCCUCAAAAGUAGAAAAAAGGUCACUAAAAGAAUAUCAAAAAAAAUUUGUUCAAAUUUUAAAGAUAAAAAACUGAUCUUUCAUGUAUUAAUCAGUAAUAAAAAUUGAAAGAGAUACACAAACUUAAAACAAAUCCAGAAAACUAAUCAACAGCGCUUGCUGCCAUCUGGCCCCUAUGGGCUUCCAUAGAAGCUCCAUAAAUGACAUAAUGAAUGUGGCUUUGUGUUUCAGUGCCAUACAAUCUCCACUGCAUGUGAAAUAUCAGUCUGUUGAGGCUCCUUAGGGAGAAACACUGCUAACAUAUGAGUGUCAAUUUUUCGACUAAGAUACAAAUAAAAAUGUUUGGGUUUUUUAA